CCUAUUACAGCAUGCGAGCUUGCUAACAUACGUUAUGGCCAAGGAUUCAUUUUUCUCUUGCACCACAAUCAUAUUUUGCUUCCUCAUCCUUUUCUUUUACUUUGUUAUUAGGCCAUCAACGUGUGCGAAUGAUGGGACGGACAGGGUGGCCUUGCUAGCGCUAAAGGCUGCUAUAGACGAUGAUCCGUUUGGGGCGUUGAGGUCUUGGAACGAAACGAUGCACUUUUGCAGGUGGCAAGGUGUGACAUGCGGUCAUAGACACCGCGAUAGAGUUGUCUCUAUAAACCUCAGGUCUCAAGGCUUGGUGGGGUCACUUUCGCCUCAUUUAGGUAAUCUCUCAUUCCUCAGAAGCAUCAUUCUUCAAAAUAACAGCUUCCACGGCCAAAUUCCAGAAGAAAUUGGUCGUUUGAGGCGCCUUGAGUACGUAGAGUUUAGCAAUAAUUCUUUUGGCGGUGAGAUUCCAAGAAACCUGACACAGUGCCGAAAUCUUUACUACCUUAACUUGAUUGCCAAUGACCUGACAGGAACUGUAUUCCCAGAACUAGGAUCUUUGUCCAAACUUGAAGCUUUAGGCCUGUCAAGAAACAGACUCUCAGGAACUAUCCCUCCUUCCAUUGGAAACCUUACACUUCUGAACCUACUUUCGUUGGGAGAUUGUGGCCUGGAAGGACAAAUUCCAGGGUCACUUGUCCAACUUCAAAGCCUGAGAUUGCUCCAGUUGGCUGGAAACCGAUUAACUGGUCGUAUUCCUUCUGGCCUUUUCAACAUUUCCACCAUCUUUACAUUUGUAGUGAGGUCAAAUCGACUUGAAGGAACCAUUCCUCCUGAUGUAGCUUUCACACUGCCUAAUGUUAGGAAUCUUGAUCUGGGAGAGAACCAGUUCACUGGAGAAAUUCCGAUUUCUUUGUCAAAUGCUUCCUCCCUGACAGCUAUAAAUUUGUCAUCCAACAAUUUUACAGGGCCGAUGAUGAAUAACUUGGAACGACUUACAAAUCUUGAGUACUUUUUCUUGUCAAAGAAUAACUUCUGGGGUGAUUUCAGUUUCAUUUCUUCAUUGACAAACUGCACGAGCUUGCAAGUUCUUGGGGUCAGUCUAAAUCUCCUCAAUGGUUCUUUGCCUGAUUCCAUUGCUAAUCUUUCCAGCCACCUUACCCACUUAUCAUUGGCUAGUAAUCAAAUACAUGGAAGCAUUCCUUUCGGCAUUGAACAACUUCUCAAUCUCACUUACUUGAAUUUAAGAAAUAAUUAUCUUUCCGGGCCGAUCCCUUCCUCCAUUGGCAAGCUUGUUAAGUUGCAAGAACUCUAUUUGGAAGCAAACAGAUUCACAAAUGAUAUACCACCUUCAUUGGGAAAUUUAACUUUGUUGAAUCAUCUGUACUUGGGUUACAACAAUAUUUCUGGAAAUAUACCUUGGAGUUUCAGCAACUAUCGCAACUUGUUAACCUUUGAUCUUUCUCACAACAAUCUCAACGGUGAAAUACCUCGAGAAAUUAUAAGCCUCUCCUCCGUUUCCAUUUCAUUUAGUCUAGCCUACAAUGCACUUACAGGACCUAUUCCACCAGAAGUUGGGCUUCUGAGAAAUCUAGCAGACUUAGAUUUGUCCAAUAAUCUGUUAUCAGGAUUUAUCCCAAACACUUUGAGCACUUGUGUUAGCCUGCAACGUCUUCACCUGGAGGGAAAUUCAUUUGAUGGAGAAAUACCUGAAGGAAUAAGUGCUUUAAGUGGUCUACAGGACUUGGAUCUUUCGAGAAAUAACCUGUCAGGGCCAAUUCCAAAUUUUCUAGCUGAUCUUCGUCUGUUAAGUUUGAAUCUCUCUUUCAAUAGGUUGCAAGGGGAAGUCCCAUUAUCAGGAGUGUUCAAAAAUAGGAGUGCAAUUUCAGUUGAUGGAAACAAUGAUUUAUGUGGAGGUAUCGCUGAGCUGAAGUUACAUUCUUGUCCAUCACAUCCAAUAAAGAGAAAGUUCCCAAAGGUUCUGAUAAUUAUAAUCCCAGUGGUUGUUGGAAGUCUGUUUUUUAUUUUAAUGGGGUUUGUUUACUUAUUUGUGCACAAAAGAAGAACGUUGGGGAAAAACAGGACUUCCAUGGAAUCAUUCAAGGGCCAGUUUAUGAGGCUUUCUUAUCGAGAUCUGCUGCAAGCCACUGACGGGUUCUCUGAGGCUAAUUUGAUUGGUGCUGGACGGUUUGGAUCUGUUUACAAAGGAAUACUUAGUGAUGGAGAAACAAUGGUGGCGGUGAAGGUUCUCAAUCUCAAUGUAAAGGGAGCUUCAAACAGCUUCAUGGCAGAAUGCAAUUCAUUAAGAGGGAUAAGGCACAGAAACCUUCUCAAAAUAUUAAGCAUCUGUUCUAGCACAGAUUUCCAUGGUCGGGAUUUUAAGGCAUUAGUUUAUGAAUUCAAACCCAAUGGGAGUUUGGAGAAAUGGUUACAUUACAAUGCAGAGGAAGAAAGUGAACAAGGUGAAAACAGAAAAUAUCUUACCAUGAUUCAGAGGCUGAACAUAGCUAUUGACAUUGCAUCUGCACUCGAGUACCUUCAUUUUGGUACCGACACAACUAUCAUUCAUGGUGAUGUGAAGCCGAGUAAUAUUCUUUUGGAUGAAGAUAUGACUGCCCAUGUUGGUGACUUCGGACUAGCCAAAGCUAUCUCCAACUUAUCAAAAGAUUUUCCUGCGCACGGAAGCAGUUCAGCUGCAAUCAAGGGGACCGUUGGCUAUAUUGCUCCAGAAUAUGGCAUGGUAGACAUGGUUUCAACACAAGGGGAUGCAUACAGCUACGGUGUUCUUCUGCUGGAGAUGUUCACAAACAGAAGACCAACAAAUGAUGCAUUUGAGGAUCAUAUAAACCUUCACAAUUUUGUUAGCAGUGCCUUACCAGGCUGCAUAACAGAAAUAGCAGACCCAUUUUUGCUUCAAGAACUUAACAUAAAUGACGAGAAAAGGGAAUGCAUGGUUUCUAUAUUAACUAUUGGAGUGGCAUGCUCAGAGGAACUUCCUAGGGAUCGAAUGUCGAUGACAGAUGCUGUUAAUGAGCUGAAGAAAAUAAGAAUUCCUCUUCUUGUUGAGAGAGCCAACUAGUUAUCAAGUUCUGUGGCAACUUUUCAAAUGGAUUCUCAAUUGUAUUUCGCUUUGUGUCCAACAUUCUGGGCAGUUACUGUAAGAAGCAGAAAAGGUGAAAUCAGAUUGUUUUAGUGAAAGUCUGUGAUAUCAAUCAGUAAGUGUAAUGAAAACUAUUAUUAAACAACAU